CACUUCGUUUAGUUGAAGAAAUAUAUUCAUCGCAUAAUGAAAGCGAUUGUUAGCUUCUGGAAAACAAUUAGAUACUAUGAAACCGAUUCCGAUUAUUUCGUUCUAUUGGACAUGCUUGCCGACCUGUGCGGCUUCUACCCACCGAAAUGGAAAUCUUUGGCAGUAGUCGCCUGGAUAGCUCUAAAAGUUGGCCAAGUUGUGCAAUAUGCUUUCUAUACUUAUCACUGCUAUCAAUCUCUCGUCGUUUGGCGCAAUAUGCUCUACUUUUCUUUGAACAUCAAUCUGUUUAUAAUUUUGUCUGUGGGACUUUUCCGAGCUCUGACUUUAGCAUAUUAUCAUCGACAUUUGAUUACGUUGAAAAACUUCGUGAACUCAAGACAAUGUGGAAAAACUGACAACAAAGCAAACUAUAUGCGGAAAGUGCGCUUCUGGACCAACAAUCGUUUAAUUUUAGGUGGUUCUGCCAUGUUGGUGCUGAACGCAGUGAAUUGGUGCUUGACGGCUGCCUUCACCGAGGAUCUGUACCAAAUACCGUUCUCCUUGCAGUUCCUACCAACCACGAUGGCAAAUGUCAUUGCUUACUACUACUCGUUUCAGAUGCUUAUUCAAAAUUUCACAUAUUGGCAGAGCUUUUUCCAAUUUGGAUCGUUGUUAUCGUUGCUGAAUAAUGAGUUAGCAAUAAUAUCAGAUUAUUUUGAAUCGAUUUUCGAUAGAGCUUUCCAGGUCUGCAGCGAAGAAGAGCUGGAAUUGCGGUACGGUGAUAGCUUGACCGCUUCAAAGAUGUGGGAAACUAUUGAUAAAGAUUUCAGACAAGCGACUAAAUAUCACAGCGAUUUCAUAGACCAAGUCGGGUUAUUGAAAAAAGUCACCUAUUUCAAUUUUCUAGCGCUCCUAUCGGCUACUGCAAUUUUGGUGACGCUCAACAGUUUCCUGUGCGUAAUUGAUUUCUCCAGUGACGCUUUGGGACUGUUGGUUUUCGGAUCUAUCUGCUGCAUGGAAUGCUUUUUCACUUGCAGAUUGCUGGACGAACUGGACGAUGUUAAUGAGGAAAUUGCCAUGCAUGCAUAUGCUAUGGAUUGGAUGACUAGUAUUACGGUGCCCCGUGGGAAUUUGAAUAGCUAUCGCAGCAUCAAGCGCACCGCUUUAAUUGUCCAGGCACAAGCUCAGCAGGGAUUUGGAUUUCGUGCUGGGGGUAUGUUUGACAUGAAUUCGGAAAUGUUCAUGCAAAUCAUGGAAAUGUGCUACUCUUGGAUUACCUUUCUGAUGCAGACACAGGAAUCACAAUAAUUAUUACACUGCUUGUAAUUAAAGCUUAAAACAAUAGUAUUAGAGACAUUUUUGAAAAUUACACAACUAAAUGUUUUCUACAUAGCAAAAAAUGUAACAUCAUAUCUUUUAAGAUGCA